AUGCCUGUUGUCAGAUCAGUCCAUACAGCGGCGCAGCUCUUUCUAACUCCAGCAUUGGGAUGUAAACCUAUGUCUCUCAUCACAAGGUGCAUCAGCUUCUCACCUCGCCAAGUCACCUCCGAUGCCAAUUUUCACUCCGUCUCCUUCUCUGAGACUGACCAUCCUAGGGUCCUCAUCACAGGUGGACUGGGACAGCUGGGAGUGGGCCUCGCCAACCUACUCAGAAAACAAUUUGGAAACAGCAAUGUAAUUCUUUCUGAUAUUAGAAAGCCCCCGAAUCAUGUUUACCACAGUGGUCCGUUUAUCUAUGCUGAUGUAUUGGACUACAAGAAUUUACGAGAGAUUGUCGUGAACAAUCGGAUUACCUGGCUGGUGCAUUACAGUGCUCUUUUGAGUGCAGUGGGUGAGGCUAACGUGACUCUUGCUCGAGAUGUCAACAUCACUGGAUUGCACAAUAUCCUUGACAUUGCUGCAGAGCAUGGGGUUCGGCUGUUUGUUCCUAGCACGAACGGAGCCUUUGGAUCCACGUCGCCUCGCAACCCCACUCCAGACCUUUGCAUCCAGCGGCCAAGAACAAUUCACGGGGUGUCCAAAGUUCACGCUGAGCUGAUGGGAGAGUAUUAUCACCACAAAUAUGGUCUUGACUUCCGUUGUUUGAGGUAUCCGGCCAUCAUCUCGGCUGACUCUCAGCCAGGAGGUGGAACAACAGACUAUGCUGUCCAGAUCUUUCACGAUGCUAUAAAAACAGGUACGUUUGUGUGCAACCUGAAGCCAGACACACGCCUUCCUAUGAUGUUUAUCGACGACUGUCUGAGAGCAACGCUGGAGGUAAUGGAGACCCCUGCUAAGAAGCUCAGCAUGCGCACCUAUAACAUCAACGCAAUGAGCUUUACUCCUGAAGAGCUUGCUCAGGAGGUGCGGAAACAUCUGCCUGACCUGCGUGUCAUUUAUGACAUUGACCCGGUUCGACAGUCAAUUGCUGACAGCUGGCCCAUGAACUUUGAUGACACCAAUGCGAGAAAAGAUUGGGGCUGGAAGCAGGAAUACGACCUACCAAAGCUUGUCCAAACCAUGCUAAACUCCAUCAUCUCAGAGUCAAGAGUUAAGAAUGCUAACUGAAUACCACCACCUAGUCGGUUUAUAACAAUUACAGCCCAGGCAGGUUUCCCCAUUGUAGAUUAUUAGUAAAAUCUCUGCAGUACACUAGAUUCCGACCAAAGAAACAGUGCAGCUGUGUGAUGCCUGGCUUGCUCUUUUGUUUAUAUGUCUGUCAAACUUCCUGAAGCUUUGUGUGCUUAGAUUGGCUUUGCUAAGUAGAACAGUUAAAUGAGGAAAAGACAUGCUAAAUUCAUUAGUAUUCUGGCCCUCCAAGUCUGGCGUCUGUAACCCCUGGUUAAAGAUUUGUAUGCAAUUUUCCUUUAUUUACUCCCAAUCAAAUCUUUUGCUACCUUUACUGCUGCUGACCUCCACUCCUGACCGAGGGGGUUCACAUCACUAUGACACGUGUGCAGCAGUAGACUGCUUCUUUUUCACCUGCACGAGGAGACUUCAUAUGAAGAUCUGUAUCAUACACAGAGAGCCACACAUACUGUAUCUGUGCAGGUGCUGUUGAUCCGCCAGCAGAGAUCAUAACUGCAGCAGUCAUGAAGAAUCCCCUCAGGCCUUCCCACUCUCAAACCAGCCAAUCAUUGUCCGUACAGGCUCCCGGCCUGCUGGUAGCUGAGAUUCAAACUCACGAGUGUCAGCUCUAGUGUGCUAGUGUGUUUUACCACUGUGCCACCUAAGUGCCCAGUUUCAGUAAAAUAUUACCAAAAGGCUUUAUACUAUGGGGGAGAUGAUACAUGACCUUUUGAAUGUGGACUGGCAGGGUAUGUUACAUAGUUUCAUGCUACAAACAUAGUUUGUUUUAGGAUUUUACCUAGAUCUGCAACUAGUGCUUCAUAAAUCGGCGAACUGAACAAAUUAGAUAAACAAUAUUUUCCAUUCCAAACUAUAAAAUAUAGUGAGCUUGUACUGUAUAUGUGGAAAAUUGUUGUGCUUUAAUAUACAUCAGUUAGAUACAGGGUCAGAUGUUUUAAUUCUGCACACAUUCCAAUUGCCAUUUUUUUUAUAGUGGCAUUGACACCAAUAAAAUGAAAUUUCAAACAAUAAAAAAUUCCUAGCAUGGAUUUGCAAAGUUUUAAUACCUCAACUUUUUUUGUGACAUACUGUCACCUUUAUCCUUGAAAUAAACUUGAAUAUUUGAAAAAAAAAUUUACUUUAAAACUUUUAGCUGUCAGUUUGCUUUACUAUGUACAUUAGAAACAGUGUACUUGUGGAGCCAGCUUUAAUCUUGCUACUGUAACCACAAUUUUCCAUUCAUUGCUAUUUAUUUGAUCAUGUGUGCAUUCCAGGACAAAAUAUGCAGUGUUAGACUGUAUAGUAGGAAUAACCUUAUAAAAUCUGGUGCUAUUGCUAGAAAAGCUAUAUAGUUUUGCACAGCUCUUUGACCUACCACAUUUGGAAUUUGAAUAUAUUUUUGUAAACAAUAUGUGUGUUUUUGAAGGAUAUUUUCAUUAAAGAUCUGUACUCUGA